AUGGCCGCCCGCGAUGCGAGUGCAGCAACAUCAUUGCUGCAAUCGGCCCGGGCACGCUGGCCUGAUGGUUAUGUGGCUCUGUGUGUUGUGGCCAAGGAUCAGCACCGCGACCUGCGCUACUGGAUCGCCUACCACCGGUGGCUGGGUGUUGACAAGUUUUACGUGAUGGACCACAACAGCAGCCGGCCCAUGCUGCCCGUGGUGAUGGACCUUGUCAGGCAGGGCGUCGUGGAGUACCAAUACUUUGUCGGCCGACCGCGCCGCCUGCCAGCAUUCUCUGACAGCAACCAGUGGCGGGGAUACCACAAUUGUAUCGCGCAGCAUGCAUCGCGUCAUGCAUGGCUGGGGCUGCUGGACGCUGACGAGUUUGUCGUGUUUCAACCGGGCGCGCUGGCGGCGGGAUCCGGCCACAACCUGCCGCUGCUACUGGCGCGUCUGGAGAAGAAGCGUGUUGGCGCGCUGGCGCUCAACUGGGUGCUGUUUGGCAGCAGUGGCCACAAGACGCGGCCCCAAGGGGGGCCGUUGGCCUCCUACACAGCUUGCAUUCCCGCAUCCCACCCCGAAUCGACGCACGUCAAGGUCAUCGCGCACACCGCCUCGCUACUGGACAUGGGCGGCACGCCUCACGAAGCGCAGCUCCGGCCUGGCGCGUCCGUAGUGGACGCCGAUGGCGCCCCGUCCAGUGCGCCCAAGUCUGACGCUGCACGCUGGGCCAGUGUCGCGCUGUACCACUACGUGCUCAAGAGCCGGGCAGAGUUUGCCGACAAGAUGGGCCGCGGCAGUGGUGCGGGCAACAUCAAGACCUGGGAGUACUGGGAUUACGUGGAGCCACUCGCCACAGGCACCUGCACGCACGCCCUCGACGUCAGCGCCGCAUUCCUCGCAUCCAAACCCCGCUUGCGGCCACCAGGCCGCCUGGGCCAAUGGUUUUUGUUGCUGCAUGUGAGCUGCGCCUCCAGGUGGACCUAA